UAAUAGUAUGUUUAUUAUGAUUUUGAAGUUUGGUGCCACGAUACUAAAUAACAACAUAAAAUGAUAAACAAAGAAGUUUUUUUGUAGGUCAAGUGAUAGGUUAGACUAAUAUGUCGAGGUUAUUUUUUUAACAAAUAAAAAGUUAAUAAACGUUUUGGCGGCUUUUAAAUUAGCUGUCUUGUUGAAUGGUACCAAUUGUCAUACUGUUUCAAUCAGAAAACGGCUGUUUUAACCAGUUGGCUGUGGCAGGCAAUGACGUGAAAGUGUUUAUUUCAAGAAGUUUGGAUAUUUUUGUAGUUAGCUUUACAAAGUUCUUGGUUUAGUUUGAUAUUUGUGUCAAAAAUAAACGUGUUAAAAAAGGAUGUCGACAACUUCUUGUAAUGCUAAUUGAAAUAAAUAAAUAGCUGAAAACUAAUACUUAUUUUUGUAUCAGCUGGGACAAUAAUUUUUCUAUUUUCUUCUUUUAAUGCUAUUUGAAAUAAAUAAAUAGCCGAAAACUAAUAGUUAUUUUUUUUUUAUCAGCUGGGACAAGAAUUUUUCUAUUUGUGCGUAAUAAUCACCUAAAAUAGAAAAGUUGGCUUUACAAGUAAGUUCCUCAUAACAUACUUAUUACAACAAGCGUACUUGCAAAAAAAAUAAUAUUAAAAAUGGCCGUCUAACCAUCGGUAGCGGCUUGCUGUCAAAAUAUUAAAUUUCUAUUCUAGCCAAUGAUAUUACUUCUAUUAAAUUACAUUUCUACGUAUUAUUCUGCAAUCUCUACUGAAUGACAAUAUAACUUAAGUUUCAGAUGUUAAGUAAAAUAUUCGCAAAGGUCGCUCAUACCUUUGCUUAUAGUGCUUCGUGUCGUGGUGACUGAGACACUACUUCAUUCAUUAUUCGCUGUUUACAUCUCAAGCCAAGAUGAGUGACGAAGGUAGUGAAGAUUCGGCACCAAGACCUAAACGAAAGAUUAAACGAGUGGUCGUGAUGUCGUCUAGUUCUGGUUCAGACAGUGAUGAAAAUGUAGCUGUGGCGGGGACACGUAGAAGACGAUUGGUGGUAUCCAGCGACACUGGAAGCGAAAGUAGUGGUAGUUCGGUUAUAGUCGCUGGAACGCGUCGCAAACGUACUCUACCUAAGCUUAGGGAUUCCGAGACCGAGAGUGACACAUCGGGAUGGGCAACGGACCAUUCUGAAGUUUCAAAACCUGCCCCUGGUUCCUCCAAACCGCCUUCUGGGUUUGCUUCAGAUAGUUCAGAAGGCAAUUCUGACAAAUGUUCAAUUUGUCUGAUGCGUUUUACCGAACAAGAAAUAGGGACACCACAGAGCUGUGAACACAUAUUCUGCUUGGACUGUAUCAUGGAGUGGGCUAAAAAUGUAAAUACAUGUCCAGUAGACAGAAUCAGAUUUGAAUCUAUAAUUGUAAAGGCUUGUGCUGGGGGACGUGUCCUUCGUACAGAACCAGUAAAAGUUGUGCAACGUAGACCAUCAGUUGACAUGUUGGUAGUAGAAGACCCUACUGUAUGCGAGAUCUGUGGCAACACUGACAAUGAAGCGAGUAUGUUGCUGUGUGAUGGUUGUGACCUCGGGUUUCACAUGCAGUGUCUUACUCCACCAUUAAAUGAGAUUCCGGUCGAUCAGUGGUUCUGUCCCAACUGCAGAAAUAUCAUCGAGGACGACCUGAUCCACUUGACAGAAGUGAACGACUUAUUCUCCAGUAUCGUCGACCUCGACAUGCCACACGGACCCUUACAACUGCCGAUGCGGGAACCGCGCUACAUACGGAGGUCCUCGAGGAGCAACAGAAACGAGCCGUCCACCUCCUCCGGCAACCGGGGCAGCGCCGCGGUUGACAACGCACAGUCCACAUCACGAGGAAGACAAACGACCAGAAGUCAGAAUCACACGUCCGCUACUCGAAGGAGGACUACGGGGACUCAAAGAAGAAAAUAUAAGAGGAGAAGAACGAAAACUCUCCUUAUAGAAUAUGAAGUCCAGGAAAAUGGUAAAUUUCCUAUCACGAAGACGGUGAGGCGGAGAAUCAAGAAAAAAAGAGUAAAAAAGCGACAACCCCGAACGGCGGCGAGGCGCGCUCACGUGCGGGCGAGCGUUCGCGCCAAACUGGCGACGUUAAAAACCGAUCCACGGCAAGAGUCGGCCCGCGCGGCCUCCGCCGGGGACGUCGUCCAAGACCUGUCGGCGCGCCGGCACCGGGCCGGGAUCCCCGCGCUCAGCCUGUUCGGGAACCCGCACCGGCUCGAAUAUUUCUCAGAGGAGGAAGUGGACGGCUUCGAGGGCGCCGCCGUCGCGGUGGCCGCCCGGCCCAGGGCCGCCGCGCUGCGGGCCCUCCGACAGGCGAGAAGAAAGAUGAUCAGCAUUCCGUCCCCGCCGCACGCGGCGGCCGCUCCGGACAUCCUCUCGAGCAUCCUCGAGAGCCAGACCCUGCUGCACUCCAAGCACUCGGUCGUCGAGAUCUCCGUCGACGGGAACGUCAACAUCAAACUGCAGGCGCCCACGAGACGCGAGCCGCCGAGGAGUCCCGCCGCCCCCAGGGUCGACCUCACCAAGGGCGAGGACGCCGCCAGGAAGGCGCCCUCCUACCCCGGCCAGGCCCGGGGCGGCGGCUGGGGCGGGGGCUACCGGGGCACCUACCACCGCGACCACGCCACCGGGGGCUUCCAUCGCGCCUCCUACGGGGACCCCGGGGCCCCGCCGCGCCCCGCCUACCCCGCCAACGGGGCGCGCCGGGACGACGACGACCACGCCGGGUACGGCCGCCGCCCCUUCCCGGGCCCCGACGUGCCAUCCGACCGCCGCUACAUGCGGCCCCCCGAGAGGGGCGCGUGGGGCGCCGGGCCCCCCCGCCCGCGGCUCUCCGAAGACCCCCUCGACAUGCGCAUGGCGGCCGCCCCGCCCCCGCGAGCGGAGAAACCCUACCGGCCGCUGCCGGAGCCCCCCGUCUUCGCUUUCGACAAAACAUCGGACCUCGACCGAUCCGAGGACGAGCGCAGCGACUCCGGCCUGGUCAUAGACACGGAGAAGUACGACCCCACGGAGCCCACCAACGACGACGACGACGAGUCGCCUUCCGCCGGGCCGCCGCCCCCGCCCCCCGCCGGCCCCCCGCCCCCGCCGCCGGCCCCGCCCGCCGCGGCCGAGGUGCCCGCGGAUGUGCUGCACAGCGCCGUGCGCCAGGUGCUGCGGGAGCACCGGGGGCUGCUGGCGCCGCCGCCCGCGCGCAGCGACGACGACUCGGACGGGGACUGCCCCAACUUCUCCAUCUACUCGGCCACCAGCGUGCACAUCGCCAGCGAGGGCGGCGCCUCCGUCGCGGAGCCCCCGCCGCCCCCCGCCCCCGACGACCUGGCGGACCUCGUUCAGGAGGACGACGACGGCCCGGAGCCGGCCCCUCCCGCGCCCGCCCGCGCUACCGGCCACCCCCACCCCCGCACCAGGCAGGAGGAGGAGUACAAGGAGAGGGUCUCCAAGAGGUGCCCGAUAACGACCAACCCGCGGAACCCGAUCAAGAUCAAGCUGAACGCCCCGUCGCUGAUCAAGCGGCAGGUGACGCUGUACGACGAGGAGGAGGAGGAGCCCGCCGACGACGUCGACGCGGCGAGCGCCGGCGACCGGGACCGGGACCCGGCCCGGGGCGACGGCGACGCGCCAAAGGACGACGGCUCGGCCGCCGGGCCCGACGGUCGCCCGCGGGAGGCGACGCCGGUCGUCGAUUUCGAAUCGGAAAAGCGGAAAUCUCCCGAAAGAGACGAGGACCGCGCCGCCGUCGUCCCGUACUCCGACGACGAGAAGGACGCCGAAUCUGCGGCCGCCUCCCCGCUCGCCGCUUCCGAAAGAGAUCCACCCGAAGACGACGAGUCGCCGGAGAUAGCUCUCGUCGAAUCUCCCCGGAGUGAAACGGAGGACGGCCCGGCCGCCCCGCCGCCCGCCGCCGGCGAGUCCGACGACGAGAUAUCCGACGGUGAGGACCCCGCUCGCCGACCGAGGAGAGCUUCCGGGGACCGAACCGAGGAAGCUCUCGAAAAGAUGACCGAGUCGAUAAGCGAAACGGAGGACGAGCGGAGCUACACGCCGUGCCUCGACGAGAACAAGUCGAAGGACACCUCGCUCGAGACCGAGAAGGAGAAGGGCAUCGAGGGGCUCGACACCGAGAUGAUAUCCGAAGACGAGGGCAACGAGAUGUUCUCGGACGACGCGCGCGCCUCGCCCGCCCCCGCCCUCGCCCCCGCGCCCGCGCCCGCCUCCGCCGAGGACGGCGAGAUAGCCGAGAAGCGCGACCGCGACGAGGGGAAGAAGAAGAAAAAGAAAGAUUCGAAACGCGAGGCGAAGAAGGACGCCAAGGAGAAGACGAAGAGCAAGACGAAGAAGACCGAGAUCGGUUUCAAAAAGUUGAGCAAGAUCGGCAAGGAGCGAAACUACAGGGACAAAGAUAGGGAGAGACGCGACUCGAGCGACGCCGCCGAGAAGAAGCGCAAACGGAAGGAGAAGAGAAAGGACCUCGAGCGGUACGACGUGCGGACGGUCGUCACCGAGAAGCGGCGGAAGACCAAGGACCCGUUCGGCCGCGACGUCUCCCCGCGCCGCUCCCGCUCCCCCUCCCCCGCGUCGCCGCCCCUCCACCGCGCCUCCGCCUCGCCGCGCCCGCGACGUUCGCCCUCUUCUCGCCGACGUUCGCCCUCCCCGCGGCGACGGUCGCCCUCCCUUCGCCGUCCGUCGCCCGCCCUUCGGCGCCCGUCGCCCGCUCUCCGGCGCCGCUCGCCCUCCCUCCGCCGCCGCUCCCCCUCCCUCCGCCGCCGCUCGCCGUCCCUCCGCCGGCGAUCGUCGUCGCUCCGCCACCGGUCGCCGUCCCCGCGGCGCGGCUCCCCGGUCCUCCGCCGCUCGUCCCCCGCGGUCCGGCGGCGGUCCGCCUCGCCCCCGGCGCGGCGCCGCUCGAGUUCGUCCCCGCCCCGCGCGCGCGCCUCCCUCAGCCCGCGCUCCCCGUCCCCGCGCCGCCGUCGCCGAUCCCCGGAGCGGCGCCGCCGCCGGUCCGCCGAGAGGGCGAGGAAACGCCGCCGCUCGCCGGAGCGGUCGCCGAGCCCCCGGGCCAAAUCUAAAACCGGAAAGAGACGAAAACGCGCGCGCUCCGAGCGCCCCGCCGAGAAGCGCGCGGAGCCCCGCCGGAAGUCGCCGAAGAGGCGGCGCGCGCGGCGGCGGAGCGCGGCGCGUUCGGCGGGGGGCCCGGCGGGCGGCCCCCCGGCCCCCGCGUGGUCCCCGGCGUCGGUGGACUCGCGGCUGCUGUCCCCGCGCACGCCGCCGCCGGAGCCGUCGCCGCCGCCGGAGGAGGAGGGCCGGCGGCGGCGCGAGGAGCGGCCGCGGCACAAGCGCGCGCGCUCCGCGGCCGGCCCGUGCAAGGAGGUGUUCACGUCGGGGGACAACAUCCUGGUGAGCGUGAGCUUCAAGGAGCAGGAGCGCGCGGGCGGGUCCCCCGGGCGGCGGGCGCGACGGGCGCGGCGCCAGGAGCGGCGGCGGCGGCGGCGGCUGCAGCGGCAGGAGGCGGAGGCGCGCCCGGUCGCCAUCAUAGACCUGGAGCGCUCGCCCUUCCGCGAGCUCACGCCCUCGCCCCGGAACGUGAUCGUGCUCAGCGACACCGAGCAGGGUGAGUCUAUUCCCGGUUCAUAUUUUUCACCCGGUCUUGUUGUUAAAAUAAUAACAAGACCGGAUAGAAGUUAAAAUAAUAGAACUGGAUGAAUCUAAAGGUGCCGGUGCGGACGGAAUUCCUCCAGUAAUACUUAAGCGAUGUGUAAAUACAACAUCGUUACCUUUGGGCAUCUUAUGUAAUAAGUAAAUCGAUUUGUGAUAAUUAUGGUCCUACUAGUAUGUUGUCCUGUUUUGCGAAGUUAUUUGAAAGCUUUAUAUACGAUGCCUCAUAUGACUUUAAGUUAUUACUACGUGAUAAUCAGCAUGACUUUUUAAAAAAUAAGUCAUCGACGUCUAAUCUUUUAGAAUGCAAGUUAUUUAUGCAGUGCUUUUGCUAAAAGAGGACGAGUUCACUCUUAUACAGACUUUUCAAAAGCCUUUGAUAGAGUGAAUCACUCCUUACUAUGUGAAAAACUCGAAAUUUUGGGUAUACACGGUAACUUGUUAAGGUGUGUCAAGUGUUAUUUGAGCAGGAGGAGCAGUUAGUUGCGUUAAAAAGUGACCUCUCGUCGGAAUUUGUUGUUCCUUCGGGUGUACCUCAGGGUUCACAUCUUGGUCCUCUCCUUUUCAUACACGAUAGUUGAGUAAUGAGGCCAUUAAUUUUUUUUUUAUUUAGGAAAACAAAUUGCAAUUUAAAUACAAUCACAGCUUAUUUAACUAAUAGACCUGACAGUUCCAUUACUAAAUACUAACAAAAUUCAUUUAAUUGCUAACUAUUAACAAUAGUGAUGACAUCGAAUAAACUUAACCUCCACAUCGAACAAACAGCUUCUCCACAAUAUUCUCAAAAAUUCUCUAUAAUUAUUCAUUUUUAAAUAUAAUAUCUCCCACUUUUCGUUUAAAUUGAAUUAGUGAUAGCGAAAAAAUGUCAACGUCAUUUAAAUUGUCAUUGUAAAAUCCACAGGAGCGUCUUAUAAAAGUGUUCCCAGCCUAAUUUGUGGCAGUGGGUGAACAAUGAAAAAUGUUUUUAGAAUGUAAGGAGGCUCUAGGGAUUCUAAAAUUUAUUAUCUUUAAUAAUCAAGAUGAGUCCACAUAAUUGUUUAUUAUUUUGUAAAGGAAAACUACAUCCAGAUAAACACGUCUAUUUUGUAAGGAAUCAAUAUUAUGCCUUUUAGAUGCACCUUUCAUAGUCAACGAAGAAAUUUAUUUAUUUAUUUAUUUAAUUGUUACACAAGACAGAAUAACAACAAUAUACAUAAUCAAGCAAAGGGAAACAAUGCAAAUCGUCCGGCGGUGAAACCGCGGGACACAGCUAGUAUAAAAUAUAUGAAAAAUAACAAAACACUGAUCAACAUCCAUCUGUUAUGCCACCUACCUCUGUCAAUUGGUCCGGCGGAAACGGCUCCCCCCGCAGCGGCAGCGCCCCCCCCUGCGCCGGGGGCGACGACGACGGGAGGGCCGCGGACGCCCCCCGCGCCCUCUCCCGCGGGUGCCGCGCCCCCCACCGGGCCGGCGGGGCAGGCGUCCCCCGCGAGCGCGGCGGGGGCGGCGGCGGACGAGGCGCGCGGGCCCAACACGCCGCCGGAGCCGCCGUCCUCGCCGGACGCGUACGACCCGUUCGAGCCCACGCACUCCCCCUCCCCCUCGCCCGCGCGCUCGCCCGAGCCCGCGCCCGCGCCCGCCUCCCCCCCGCGCCCCUCCAUCACGCUCGAGACCGCCCAGAAGACGAACCUGUCCGCGGACGACGUGAUCGACCGCCGACCGCUCUCGCCCAUGGAGAAGGUGAUGGCGCUGCUGCAGUCCACCCGCGACGUGUCGCCGGAGCCGCCGCCGUGCGCGCCCGCGCCCCCCGCCUCGCCGGGCCCCGCGGGGGCGCCGCCGGGGCCCGCCCCCGCCCCCGCCGCCGCCGCCGCCGCGCCGGGCCCCACGCCCACGGCGGCGGCCGCGCCCCGCAUCGUGCUCCCCGAGUCGGUGCGCGUGCAGCCGCCCAAGCUGUUCCUGGCUAAACCGUCUCCGAUCAAAUCGGAUCCGAUCAAACCCCUCCAGGUAUGUUUUCUAUGAAUUCUUUUUCAGAAACUAGAAACAUAAAUGAGACAUGAAUAUGUAGUCACAAGUUUUAUUGAUACAGAAUCUAAAAUUAAAGGAGAACUCGUUUUUGUAUGGAAGCUGGUACUUUAUUCAAAUUAUCUCUUACCAAGCAUAGAGUAUAUAUUAAUCGAUAGAGCGUUAAUAAAUCUUAUUAGUAAUCAUUUUAUUAAUUAUUGUUAUUGCAGACCACUAAAUCUCAAUACAGAGAUAUUUUAAAUGAAUCGAAGCUCGCAAACGCAGAUUAGGCGCGGUUUGAGUCUAUUCAGAGCGUGGCUUAUUAUAAUGAACAUAUAUAGUAAACAAAUUAUGAAUUCGAUUU